ACGGAACCGGAAGACGAAUGAGCGAAUCACAACUUCCACACAUGUGUGGCAUAAGAGGCUCUCUUCCGCCGCUUACAACGUUGAGGUAUUUCGGUGUGAAGUUAUUAACAUUAUUGAAUUUUAAUAUUGCCCAGUAGCGGUCGGACUUUGAAUCCGUGUCGGCUGCGUUGACAAGAUGGCGGAAAUCGUUCAGCAGCGGAUUGAGGACAGAAUCCCUGAGUUGGAGCAGCUGGAGAGAGUGGGACUGUUCACCAAGAAAGAAGUCAAGUCCAUAAUCAAGAGAGUGACUGCCCUGGAGUACAAGCUCCACAGGUUGAUGGUAAACAAGGAAGACUUCAUUGCAUACAUCCAGUAUGAAAUCAACGUUUUAGAGCUGGUCAAGAAGAGACGUGCACACAUACAUUACCAGUUCAAAAGAGAGGAGAUUGAGUUCCCCAUCAUCCACAGAAUAAACAGUAUCUUCAGAAGAGCAACGAAUAAGUGGAAGGAUGACAUACAGUUGUGGCUUUCACAUGUUGCGUUCUGUAAGAAAUGGGCCACCAAAGGCCAGAUCAGCAAGGUCUUCUCAUCCAUGCUUGCUAUCCACCCUGACAAACCAGCCCUGUGGAUCAUGGCUGCCAAGAGUGAGCUGGAGGACAGAAAUUCUUCCGAGAGUGCCAGACACUUGUUCCUGAGGGCGCUACGUUUCCACCCAAACAAUAAGAAGGUCUACCAGGAGUAUUUCCGCAUGGAGCUGCUGCACUCUGAGAAACUGAGGAAGCAGAAGGAGGAGCUGGAGAAGGCUGAAAUUGACCUAGGCGAAUACGAGUUUUCUCCAGAAAUCCUGAGCGGUAAACUGGCAGAGGUCAUUUACAGAGAGGCUACAAUGAAAAUCAAAGAAGCAGAGUUUGUCAUCUCACUUCUAUCCAUAGCAGCCAUCUUUGACUUCACCAAAGAACUUCAGGACUCCAUCCUGCAAGACUUACAAACUAACUACAUGGAGGACAGCUUGACCUGGGAUUUUAUGGCUAAGAAGGAGCUGGAGGCUCCAGGGGCUGGAGAGGAGCUCCAGUCCGCCAAAGGCCGGGCAUCAGACAUCAACCGCAGAGAGGAGCGCUGCUGCCAGGUCUAUGAGGAGGGUCUCAAGAACCUCAACACUGAGCCCAUGUGGACUUGUUAUGUGGCCUUCUGCUUGGAAAGGCUGAAGAGGAAGACCAGUGUUAAAGAGCUGAAGGAAAAGAGGCAGGAGAGGCUGCUGGGAGUGCUGCAACGCGCCCAUGACUCGUCAUUGCUGAAGGAAAAUUAUUACAAGAACUGGCUUCAGAUCCUGCUCUCAUCUGGAGAUGCUGAGGGGGCAGCUAGUGUUGCCAUGAUGGCCACACAGCGCUACAGCCAGUCGGUGUCAGUGUGGAGUCUGAGUCUGCAGACGCUAAUGGAGCUGGGGAGAGGAGAUGUAGACAGGCUUUUCCAAGAUGCUCUCACUCACAUUAAUCCCAAGGAGAGUCUACCGCUGUGGCAGCUGCAGGUCCAGUGGAGCAUGGCCAAUCAAAGUGCUGAAGAGACAGAGGCCAUCUUCAAGAGAGGUGUGCUGUCUGCAGUGGCGGCUGUUGCCAUGGAGAUGAAAGAGCGCUACGUCGAUUGGUCCUACUCCACUGGUGGUUACAAGAAAGCUAGGAAGACCUUUACAAGCUUACAAGAAAACCGUCCUUUGUCCAAGCAAUUUUUCACCAGAAUGAUUGAAAUCGAGAAGGAACAAGAGACUCCAAAGAUGAACAAUCUGAGAGAUUACUAUGAGAGAGCACUCCAGGAGUUCGCCUCGUCAGAUGACGAUCUGUGGCUGCAAUACAUCCAAGAGGAGCUGGGUCCACUCGGCCAGCCAGAGAACUGUGGCAAGAUCCACUGGAGAGCCAUGAAGUUUCUCGAGGGGGAGAGUGUGGAGAGAUUCACUUCCAAGUACACUCUGCUACAGACUGGACACUUAUGAGUGACCCUUUAAGGUCCAAGCAGUUCAGAACAGGGCCUGCAGGUUGAGUAGUUCACCAGAUGAAGAAGCAUCACAAGUUUUGGAGUGCAUGUUCCUCUUGGUCCAGAAGCAGACUUCAUCCCUGUUCAUGAAUUGUCUCAUUGUUGAAAGCCAGUUUCUGGUGUCCAUUAGGAAUGAGCCUGCUGAUUCUUCUGAAGUGGUUCCAGACAGUUUUAAGAAAUAUUUCAACUUUGGUGUUCCAAAGUCUGUACAGGAGAUUUAGUACUAUAAAGAGGUCCAGCUGAUUUAAAAUCCACCUUUAUUUGGCAAAAAAAACAUUGAUGCUGUUAUGAUGAUAUUAAAACAGUCUUUUCAUUAA